GGUCUUGUUUUGGGUGCUUACGCCUCUGAGAAUGAUAAAGUCAACAAAUUGACACCCUACGCGCAGAAAUUCAACGAUCAAGUGACAUCCGGAAAGCUUCUGGAGCAAAUUAAUGUAUCGACUUCAAAUUGAAAGCAAAAUUAAAAAAAAGAAAGAAAAAUUGAGCGAAAGAAAAACGAGAAGCAAUUGAAAGAAAAUAAAAAGGGAAAAUCAAAGAGAAUUUUGGGAGGUGCUUUGAAAAAAAAAAGAGAAAAGAAAAAAAUGUCCCGACGUGGGAUUGUGGAUGCAAUGGCGGAUUCCGGAAGUGGCGGAAGUGGUGCAUCGCGACGUCUUACAGCAUUGAGUGGGAUUACGUCGACGGUGGAGGAGAAGAAUAGUGAUUUACUUUGCCCAAUUUGCUUUGAAAUGAUCACCGAAGCGCAUAUUACUAAAUGUGGGCACACCUUUUGCUAUCAGUGCAUCGUGAAGAGUAUUGAGAGUACCAAAAGAUGCCCAAAGUGUUGCUUUGCCCUGCCCACGCAGGAGUUAAUCUUCCCGAAUUUCCUUCUCAAUGAAUUGGUAACGAAGCAACGUCUCCGGAUGGCGACAAAUGAGCAACUUGUUGGUGAUACAGCGGGGAAGGAUGGGAAUAAGUUGAAGGAUCUCAUUGCGAGGGAUUCACAGAAUCUCUCACUGUCCGAUGUUGAUGUUAUGUUGGAAAUUCUUUCGCAUCGACGACAAAUUCUCGAAACGGAAACGUGUGUGGCACAGAAUAGGCUACUCUAUGAAUUCCUGAGGCAUCUAAUGAAGCAGAAAGAGGAGCAAAAGGCACAAAUUGCCAAGGAGAUGGAGCUAAUUUCGCGGGAUUUGCAUGAAGUUGAAUGUAUUCUCAAGGAGAGGAAGGGUAUUUUGAUAUCGGGUGAGGAAGCUGCUGCGGCGGAAGGGAAUGAGGGUGAAGAGAAGGCAGAGGAGGAGGAGCCAAUGGGUGGGAAUGAAGGGGAGAAGCAACAAGUUCCGGAAUUACCAACGGUGGAGGAGGAGAAGGAAGACCCAGGGGCUGAUGGAUUUAAUACCUUCAACACGGAUAUUACGUCAACUUUCACCAUCCGGAAGCGUCGUAUGCACACGUAUUUUGAUGAUUUUGUCAAUUGCUACUUCCAAGCACGUGGGCAGGAUCUCUAUUUUAGCAAUCCCACCACACAGGAUGACACAAUGCGUCUCUCCGUCUCCUCUCGGCGUGGCCUCGAUGCCUUCCGGGAGAGCCUGGUUAAAUUCUCCCGAUACAGCUCGUGCAAGACUCUCGCCACUCUUGGGUACUCGUCUGACCUGUCAAAUGGGUCAAUUGUGUCGGGAAUUGAAUUUGACAAGGAUAAUGAAUAUUUUGCCAUUGCCGGUGUAACGAAACGCAUCAAAGUCUAUGACUAUCUUGCUGUUAUACGUGAUGUGGUGGACAUACACUAUCCCGUUGUGGAGAUGGUGUCAAACAGUAAGAUUUCCUGUGUUGUCUGGAAUUCCUAUCAUAAGAAUAUUCUCGCAUCAAGUGACUACGAUGGCACUGUAACCAUUUGGGAUGCAGUUACGGGGCAGAGGACAAAAGUUUUUCAGGAGCACGAUAAGAGGUGUUGGAGUGUGGAUUUCAAUAAUGUCGAUUCACGCCUUGUGGCAUCCGGUUCGGAUGAUGGUCGCAUGAAAUUGUGGUCCCUCCUGGCGAAUAAUUCUGUCGCCACAUUGGAUACAAAAGCAAAUAUUUGCUGUGUUAAAUUCAAUCCCAAAAGUUCGUGUCACAUUGCCUUCGGUUCAGCUGAUCACUGUGUCCACUACUACGAUCUGAGGCACACAACAAAGCCCCUGUGUGUCUUCACGGGGCACCAAAAGGCCGUGUCGUAUGUGAAAUUUCUCAAUGAACAAGAAAUUGUCUCAGCCAGUACGGAUAGUCGUCUAAGGUUGUGGAAUGUUAAUUCCCCACCAUAUUCCAUACGUUCCUACGUGGGGCAUAUGAAUGAGAAGAAUUUCGUUGGGCUCGCCACAGAUGGGGAGUACAUUGCAUGUGGGAGUGAAGAUAUUUCCCUCUAUGUGUACUACAAGGGACUCCCAAAGCCACUGUUUAGCAUGAAAAUCGAUCGUCCGAGUAGUGUUGAUCAAUCUGGAUCGGAUCUCAAUGAAUUCGUCUCAGCCGUCUGCUGGCGGAAGCAAUGCAACGUGAUGGUGGUGGCCAAUAGUAGGGGUAUUGUGAAGAUCCUCGAGCUUGUCUAGUUUCCAUCUAGUAUCUCCUGAAUUUAAUGGGGUAAUCAUUUGUAGACAUUUUCUUUUUUUAAUUUGACAGAAGUAAUAUAGAAUUGAAGAGCAUUUUGAAGAAA